AUGACUAGCAUGUGUCACGACUCCAGAACCGACAAUAUCACAGCAUGGCUCAACGGCCUCUCUCUUCAGUCAACUCCACUUGGAUCUCACUCUCCUCCCUCUUCCUUGUCGUCUUCUUCAUCUUCCUCGUCUCCACAGACUGGACAAGUGCCUCCUCUCCCGCAAACGCCAGAGAGGCAGAUACAGGUCCAGCGAAUCGAUGGCAGUUGUCCGAAUACCAGAGAGACGUCGCCCACGGAUACACAUUUCUCCUCCAUCUUCGAUUCGCCGGAGCCGCGGAAUUGGGGUUGGGGAGGUGCAGUGAGAGAGGAGGAUGAAGAAGUGCAGACCGCGGCGAGCAGUUACGCGGCUUCAAAUGAUGGGAGUGAUGAUGAGGGCGACAGGUGUCCUCGAAGCAUCGUCUUGCAAGAUGAGGAGGAGGCGGACGAGAACGAAGCCGGAUAUGACGAUCCAUCAUCCCCAAGUACGCUCGCACCCUCAGACAACUCAACACCACAACAAGAAAUCGAGAGAGCACACGACAUCCCUCCCGACUCUCCUCCUCCUCCCCAGCAGCACCAGCAGCAGCAGCAACAACAACACUCCCUCACCCCCCGCUCCACCAACAACCUCACACGCCACGACUCCCUCUUCACCUCCUCCCCCUCCCCAACACCCCCUAAAAAGACCCACAUAAUCCUAACAUCCUGCCUCCAAUGCACGCUCGCCCGCCUCCCCUGCUCCCGCACCCUCCCCCACUGUACCCGCUGCGCCCGCAAUGGCUUCGCAGCCGUGUGCCUCGCUCAACGCCGCAAACGCACCUCGGAGAUGGUCGACGGCGACGUCAUGGGGAACCAGGAGCCGGUGUUGGUGCGGCUAAAGGAGGAGGAAAGGGGGGAGGGGUGGGGGGAGAAGUGUAGGGUUUUUGAGAUGCUCCUCCAAACGCACCGUACCGCACUCGACAAGGAGAACUGGGUCUUUCCCUCGGUCAGCACUCCGCGAGGCACCUACCGCACCCACGGCCAGCGGCUGCAGCGACGACAUCCCGGCGAGGGGAUAGGCAGACUCACGUUCGCGGAGGUGGAAUUAGCGGAUCAGGAAGAGGGGGGAGGGAAGGAAUGGGAACAAGUCUAUGGGGGCAGAGAAUAGCAAGCCCGUGAUCUUAUACCGGGGAAGUCGGAAGUAAGGAUACGAGUGAUUGAAGCGUGGGCGAGGACGGGUGCCACGGGGUUGGACUUUUUCAACGUGGACUGAGCUCCUUAGGGAACAGCUGGGAAUGCAAGUGAGACAAGGAAAGGGGAUAAGACGGAGGAGGAUGGGCACCUUCAAC